GGGUCUUGUGGGGGUCUGGGGCAUGGAGGUCGGGGAAUUAGAGGAAAACAAUAUCCCGCAAAAUUUUUGGCCAAACAGCCCUUAUAUAGAAGACAUUGGGGUCCCACCCUUCCUGGUUUUUCCCUUUCUGAUCUCACGCAAGCUUUCUUAUAUGGUUGCUUUGACACAAAAUGGGCGACGACUAUGUUGAAAAGCCCGACGCCGUGGGCAAAGAGUUCAUCGACGAACUUACGCCCGAGGAGCGUCAGCACGAGAUCGAGGCACGCGACCUGCAGAGCCACCAGUAUCUUGACAAUGAAUCACUGUAUGACCGGGUGGCGUUCGCGCAGAUACCAGUGCAAAUGAAGAGUCCCCGCAUGCUAGUUGUCACCUUGGGUGUGUUCGCAGCGUUUAGCGGCAUGCUGAGUGGAUUAGAUCAGUCAGUGAUCUCUGGCGCGCUGCCUGGUAUCCGCAAGCACUUCAUCGCAUCGGGCGAGUGGGCGAGCCUGGACGACCCGAAACUGGCGACCGACAUUUCCCUGAUUUCUUCCCUGAUGCCACUAGGCGCAAUGGCUGGUGCCCUCCUCAUGACGCCGCUGAAUUACUACUUUGGACGCCGCAACUCUAUUAUCAUCUCGUGUUUGUGGUACACACUAGGGGGAGGACUUUGUGCGGGUUCCCGCAGUGUGGCAAUGUUGUUCGCAGGCCGAUUCAUCCUCGGCAUCGGUAUCGGAAUCGAAGGCGGCUGUGUCGGUAUCUAUAUCUCGGAGUGUGUGCCGCCAGCGGUGCGCGGUAACCUGGUGUCGGUGUACCAGCUGAUGAUCGCAUUCGGAGAGAUCAUCGGAUACGCUGCGGGCGGUGUAUUUUUCGACGUAAAGUCAGGCAGCUGGCGCUGGAUGCUCGGCUCAUCCCUCUUGUUUUCAACGAUCCUGCUGGUCGGUAUGUGCUUCCUGCCGGAAUCACCGCGUUGGCUGGCAUCCAAGGGCAAGUCCGGGCGCGCAUGGCAGGUGUGGAAGUCGCUGCGCGAUAUGGCCGACCCGAAGAGCCUGGACGAGUACAUCGCGAUGGAAGUGGCGGUCAAACAGGAUGUCGACCAGUCCGCAGGCGAGCCAUGGUACCACAGGUACCUGGAAGUGGUCAGGCAUCCGCGCAACCGACGUGCGCUUGUCUACGCCACAGCGAUGAUCUUUUUCGGACAGAUGACGGGUAUCAAUGCGAUCAUGUACAACAUGUCGAACUUGAUGGCCAAGAUGAAUUUCGACGACCGCGAGUCAGUGCUGAUGUCGAUGGUGGGGGGCGGCGCGCUGUUCUUGGGAACAAUUCCUGCCGUGUUCACGAUGGACAAGUUCGGCCGACGCGUGUGGGCACAAAAUAUCCUCAUGUUUAUCGUCGGCCUGGUGCUGGUCGGUGUCGGCUAUCUAUAUACAAACAGUGGUGUUGACUACUUCAAUGAGCACAGAGCAACUGCCUUGGGGUUGUUUUUCUCCGGCCUGGUGCUGUACAUGUCGUUCUUCGGGGCGUAUUCGUGCCUGACCUGGGUGGUUCCAGCGGAGAGCUUUGAUUUCAACACCCGCAGCCAAGGAAUGGCAAUUUGCUCUGUAUUCCUUUAUUUGUGGUCAUUCAUCGUGACAUACAACUUCGAGGGGAUGCAGAAGGCCAUGACCUACACCGGCCUGACGAUCGGUUUCUUCGGCGGGCUAGCCGCGCUAGGCUUCGUUUACCAGUUGUUCUGCAUGCCCGAGACGAAAGACAAGACGCUGGAGGAGAUUGACGAGUUGUUUUUGAUGCCGACGAGUAAGCUGGUUGCACUGAACACGAGCAAUCUGGUCAAGCACUGGCGGUGGAUGCUGGGCGGGAUGCGACAGCCGGAGCAGAUCAACACCUACAACCCCUGAGACUUGUUCUUUUCACCGGACCAAUGUCCAUGGUAUAAAGAGCGAUAAAGCUUCUCAAGAAUGUAGCGGAACAGUGUGAACCAAUUCACACCUGUUUGAAUACCUAUUAUU